AUGCCUUUCCUCGAUGCCGCCCUCGGCUUCGCCAUUGACCACAAGAUGGCCGUCUGCGUGGGCGGCCCGGUGCUAGCAAUCUUUGCAUACCUCAUCUAUCAGAUUUGCCUCUCCCCUCUAGCAAAAAUCCCCGGUCCGCUCGCUGCCCGAAUUUCGCGGCUAUGGAUCACCAAGCACUCCUGGGAUGGUGAUAUGCAUCGGUCUAUGAUUGAACUCCACAACAAACACGGAUCCUUGGUCCGCACCGGUCCAAAUGAAGUGAGCGUUGCCGAUCUUUCGGCCAUCAAGAAAAUCUACGGAGCCGGAACCAAGUUUCAGAAGUCCGGGUGGUAUGGUGUCUGGCAAGGACGAAGGAAGUUCGACCUCUUCGCCGGCCGCGAUGAAGCCAUCCAUGGCCAGCACCGCCGUCUCGUUGCCCGAGCGUAUUCGAUGGACGCCUUGAAGGAUCUUGAGCAAUAUGUCGAUGACUCCAUCAAAGUGUUUAUGCAGAACAUGAACGAAAGAGUUGGCAAACCCAUGGACAUGGGCAACUGGGUCCAGCUCUUUGCCUUCGACAUCAUCGGAGAAAUCACCUUCAGCAAGCGCUUUGGCUUCAUGGACGUCGGCGCAGACGAUGGUUCCUUCCAAGCCAUCGAGAUGGCUUUACGUUCGGCCGCCUGGCUCGGCCAAGUACCGUGGAUCUUCUGGCUCCACGACUACCUUUCACCUUAUAUUGGCAACUAUCUGGGAAUCACCGCUCGGAAUGGCUCACUCCGUCAGUUUGCUUUGCGCGAGACCGAAGCUCGUAAGGACCGGGGCAGCGAUCGGAAGGAUAUUCUGAGCAAGCUCUUCGCCGUACACAAGGAACGCCCUGUCGAUUUCGAUUACAGCGAUCUUGUCUCUAUGGCCAGCUCCAACAUCUUCGCGGGAAGUGAUACGACGGCCAUCUCGACCCGCGCCAUCAUCUACUACCUUCUGAAGAACCCUGAGUACAAGCAGAAGCUCGUUCAAGAAAUCGACGACUUCUCCAAGCAAGGCAAGAUUAGUGAUCCAGUUACUCUGGAUGAGGCAAACAACAUGCCAUAUCUUCAGGCUGUCAUGUACGAGGCUCUUCGUUGCCAUCCGGCCGUGGGCAUGAGCCUUCCACGCGUGGUUCCUCCCGGAGGUACCGAAAUUGACGGCACAUACCUUCCAGCUGGCACGAUCGUUGGUGUAAACCCAUGGGUUGUGCACCGCAACAAGGAAGUCUACGGAGAGGACGUCGAAGCCUUCCGACCUGAUAGAUGGUUGGAGAAGGAUAACGGUGACAUGCAUCGCUUCUUCUUUGCCUUUGGCUCGGGUGCUAGGACGUGCAUUGGGAGGAACAUUAGCUGGAUGGAAAUGUCCAAGCUUAUUCCCACCCUGUUUAUGCAUUACGACUUGCAAUUGGUAGACCCUGAAGCGCAAUGGACCGAGACUUGCUGGUGGUUUGUGAUGCAACAGGGUAUCAAAGUUGUCCUGCGGCCCCGAUACUAA